GAUGACGAGCUGGAGGAAGAGGUGGACAUGAAGCACCGUUUCCGUAGAAACCUGAUGAAAGGCGAGGCGGAGUCCGCCAUGACCAAACAGAAACUGCAGCAGAGGAUGAGGGAGCAGUUCCAGAAGGCGAUGGGAGGAACUCCAUCAUGGGCGGAGAGCAGCGACCAGAAGAGGAGGAGGAGGAGGAGAGAUGAGGAGGAUGAAGAUGAGGAGGAUGAAGAUGAGGAGGACGACCUGCUGAGGAGGACGGGAAACUUUGUGGCGUCCUCGGACAGCCUGCCCAGCGGCAUCCUGAGGGUGAAGAAGUGUCUCCACGCCAACAGCGCCCGUCCGUCUGAGGACAGGCUGACCACCGUCCAGUUCCACCCCAGCGCUCAAGUCGUCAUGACGGCCGGCCUCGACCAGUCCCUCUCCCUGUUCCAGGUGGACGGGAAGACGAACCCGAAGAUCCAGAGCAUCCACCUGGAGCGCUUCCCCGUCCACAAGGCGCAGUUCAGCACGAAGGAGGUGGUUCGCAGUAUGAAGAUAAACGGUGAUGUCAGCGGCGUCGCGUUCUCUCCUGAUGGCAGCAAAGUCUUUGCAAACUCAGAGGAUGGGGAGGUGUAUGUGUGGGACAUGCGCAGCAGUCGGUGUGUGAACAGGUUUACGGACGACGGCUGCGUGAGGGGAACUUCCAUCGCCUCUUCUCAAAACGGGCAGUACCUGGCCUGUGGCUCUCAGUCCGGUGUGGUCAACGUCUACUCUCAGGAGGCGUGUCUUAAUUCAGCCAAUCCGAAGCCUCUGAAGGCAGUGAUGAACCUGCUGACCUCAGCGACCGCCCUGACCUUUAACCCCACAUCGGAGAUCCUGGCCAUUGCGUCGCGCGCAGAGGAUGAGGCUGUGCGGCUGGUGCACCUGCCCAGCCUCACCGUCUUCUCCAACUUCCCCGUCGCCAAGAGGAAGAUCGUUUAUCGAGCCAGCUGCCUCGACUUCUCCCCGCACAGCGGCUUCUUCUCACUGGCUAACAACAAAGGCCACGCCCCCCUCUACAGGUUGCUGCAUUACAAAGAGUUCUGAGGGGCGGAGCUUCGAGCAGGAAUCAGACUGUUUCUGUAAAUACUGAAACCUGCAGAGGACCAAUCAGCUGCAGGAGGCGGAGUUUGUUUUAUUGUUUGUAUGAUGUGAUUUCAUAAAGACUCAACGAGGAUCCCCGACGUCGUUCUGAACCGUUUCAAAUAAAACUCACUAAAAAUCAUCAAAACACAAAAAUGUGAAAGAAAAAACAUUUUGUGUGGAUUUGUCAUCGUGGAAAAAAUGUUUUUGUUUGUCUUAAAAACAAAGUUUCAUUUUGAGUUCAGAUAAAAUCUUUUAUUGAUAAAUAACAUCGCAGUGAGCUUUAAAGAGGAAGUCUUUGAGCUGCAGGUUCAUAAUAACUGUAGAAUCUCAUCACAGAAAUCACUGAUUAGCUCAUCGUCUGAUAAACACACA